AGAGAGAGAGAGUAUAUAAGGCAGAGCUCUGCAGUAUUUCCGAACUGGUGCAGUGCAAACGGCCCAUCAUCUUCACCGAUGGUGUGCAGAACAAGGGGGACUUAAAACACAGAAACAACCCAAAAUCAUUUUCAUCAGCCAAAAAACCAAACAAACAAACAAACAAAAAAAACUUAACAGCAACCAACAACCAUCCUCUCAUCAUGAGCUACAACUCGUUACUUUCUCCGUCUCUGUCCCGGCGCUUGUGGGAUGACUCCUCGUCUCACAUCUCCUCUCGGCUCCACCGGCCCUCACACUCCUCCUUCUCCUCGGCGCUCCAGAGGAGAGGGGCCCCACGCUGCAACCGGAGCCUGACGUCGGAGCGCUGCGACCUCUCCCAGGCCAGUGUUCUGAGCGGCGAGCUGCGGGACACACGGGCCCAGGAGCGUGAGCAGCUGGUGGACCUGAACAACCGUUUCGCCUGCUACAUCGACCGUGUGCGUGAGCUGGAGCAGCACAACAGGGCCCUUCUUGGCCAGCUAGAGGCCCUGCAGCGCGGCCUCGGACACCCCUCACCCUUGCAGAGGCUCUACGAGGAGGAGGCGCGUGCCCUGCAGGCCAAGGUGGAGGAGGAGGCCAUUGAGAAGUCGCACAUGGAGGCGCAGAGAGAGCGCAUGCGAGAGGAGCUGGCCAGGCUGAGGGAGCGCUGGGAGGAAGAGGCCGAGAGGAGAGGCAGGGCUGAGGAGGCGCUUAGCAGAGCCCAGGAGGAGGCCAGCAGGGCGGCGCUAGGGAACUGCGAUGCAGAGGCCAGCCUGGUGACCCUGGUGAUGGAGGCAGGGUUUUUAAAGAAGGUUUUUGCGGAAGAGGAGGCGGGACUGAGGGCGGAGCUGCAGGCGUUGGCGGCAGGGCAAGACGUGGUCCGGGUGGCGGUGGGCGGAGCUGACCUGUCAGUGGCAUUGAGGGAGAUCCGUGGGCAGUACGAGCGGCAGGCCAGCCGGAACACUGUAGCGGCGGAGGAGUGGUUCCGGGGGAAAAUGGUGGCGGCGGCUGAGGUGGUGGAGCGGAAUGAGGAGGCGGUGAGGGCGGUGCGGGCAGAGACGGCCGAGUACCGGUGGCAACUGCAGGCCCGCUCUGCCGAACUGGAGGUGCUGCGAAACGUCAUCGACUCGCUCAACUCGCAACUUGCGGAUCUAGAGGAGGAGCAGGGCAAGGAGGUUGCCAAGUACCAGGGAAGGAUAAUAGAUUUGGAGCAGGGCAUUGGCGAUGCGAAAGAGGAGAUGUCACGGUACCUACGGGAGUACCAGGACCUCCUGAAUGUGAAGAUGGCUCUGGACAUCGAGAUUGCUGCAUACAGGAAACUUCUGGAAGGUGAAGAAGUUCGUCUGACCUUCUCUGCUCUUCCUGCCCUUGCUUAAACAUCCGACCAUCACAACUUUCAGCCAUGACGCCUACCAUCCCCACUCAAACUCAUUUCAUCCUUUAACUCAACAUUAACAUUCCACCCCUUAAAACCCUUCAGAACCCCCUAAGAUAUAAUCCCCUACACUCCCCACAGCCUCUAAAUCCAUACCUAUUGCAAAUGCUUUAACCUUGCCUCACCAACCAACCCUUAACUUCCCUUUCCUAUCCUAUCCUAUCCUAUAAUGCCCCAGGACAUCUUAACCUCAGUCCCAACCCUUUCAACCACUGACCCUAAAACCAACCUAAAAUUCUGGCCUACCCUUUUAAUCUUUUGAACCCCUACUCACCAUUAACCUCUACCCAAAACCAUGACCCCUAAUGUAUAACCUUUCAUUCCAAAUGCUUCUCGCACCUACCCUUAACCUCAUCAUCAUACUAACUCCAGAACCCAAACCCUCUUUUCAUUUCCUCCCAUUGAAAUCCGUAUCCAUUCACCCUUAUGCCCUAAACUGUCAAAACUCCGACACCCUACACUCUCAAUCCAGCCAUCAAUCUGAAGAUUCUCGAGCCCUUGUGCCCUACAAGAGUUCCAUCGUAACAGUCCCCCUUCUUCUCCACACUCGACUCAAGAUGGCCGCCGUGUGAAAGAUCGUAGCGAGAGCUGCACUGCGUUAGUUUUCCCCAAUCCCCACUCCUCCGCUGCCUCCUUUGAGCAGAGUUCUGUCCAUUGUGUUUUGCAAUAUAUACUCACACAUGGACCAAAAUCCAAUUGAAACUAUACAUCCACCUAUUUGGCAAACUCUUAACCAAUUGUUUGUGAGGUGGACUGAGCCAUUUAAAACCAAUCGGGCCUCCAGUGCUUGGACUUUGCUAACUGAACUCUGCUCAGUGGAUGCUGCCUUUAUCCCUGGCUCUGGAACUGUAAUCAGAGGGCCAGUGGAAGUUUGUGGUAGUUUGGUGAUUGUGUUAUUUCCAUUGUGAGCUUAAAGCGCUUUGAUAAUGUACACUUUUCUUUUCCUCCUCAGUGGUUAAAUUCUCAUACUGUUGACUUCAAUUACGUUUAGGUGACUGUUUUAUUAAUGCAUCUAUUUUCUUUAGCCAAAUUUGUCUCAAUUUGAAUGCACAAAAAAAGAAAAAGAAAAAAAACCUGAAACUGAUCUGGGAAAAAAAACAUUUUAUGAAUAAUUUAAAUCAAUUAACAAAAUUCUUCAUUUGAAUAAAUUUGAUAUCUAAACGAAUUCACACAAUUUUUUCUGGAGUAAUGGUCAUACCCUUAAAGUGAUGAGAACUGUGCAAUAUGAGAAUCCAUUGAGGAAGAGAGGCAUGUGCUUGGAACAUCUGCCUCCUCAGUGAAACACUAAGGUAGUGUCUGUCCGCUUGUCCAAGCUUUUGUUUCUGUGUGCUCUUCUAUUUAAGAGACCCUUCGCAAAAUAAGCUAGAUUAGAGAAACAAAAAAGUUUCAGCCUGGUAACGGUCAUUAAUAAAAUUUGACUGUUGCCUAGAAUCUAUGUUAAAAAGUACCUGAAUAAAAUUUUAACCUAAGUAA